UCGGCGAUCGAUUGUCCCGUUUCGAAGCUGUCAAAACGCAACAUUGGCAGCUCGGUGGCGCAAGGUAGCGAGAAUGAGCUCGCUCUGGUGGUACUGCUACUUGAUCGCGUUCAGUUUGCUUGCAUGGCUGGUGGACAGCCGGCGGGAGGCCAAAUUUAACUGCACGCUAACGGCCAACUACUACGACUGCCUGUUCCGGGAUGUGGUGAUCCGGAGCGAACCGGAAGCGGACAGCAUCUUCUUCGGGGUGCAAAACUUCAACGACACCAGCAUCGCGUUCCGCGACUCGUCGAUGGUGGUGCUGCCGAAGAAGAUCUUCGAGACGUUUCCCGCCAUCCAGUACCUGUCGAGCGAUGCGUGCCACAUCCAGAAGCUGCUCGGCGGCACGUUCGCCAACGCGCAGCGCCUGCAGGAGCUGCACCUGUACGACAAUCGCAUCAGCCGGCUGACCAACUUCGUCUUCAACGGGGCGCUCCAGCUGGAGAUCCUGUCGCUGUACAACAACACGAUCAAGCAGCUCGACGAGCACGCUUUCGACGGGCUCGGCCACCUGCGGUUGCUCUACAUGGACGAGAACCAGAUCGAGAAGCUGCCGGAGGGGCUGUUCUCGGGCCUGGAGGAGCUCCAGAUACUGGAGCUGCAGCACAAUCGCAUCAAGGAGAUCGGCGACGAUCAGUUCGUGCUGUGCCCGAUGCUGCGCGAACUCAACCUGAGCGCCAACAUGGUAAGCACGUUCAACAUGACGCAGCUCGCAUCCCUGAACAAGCUCGAAACGCUGGACAUUGCCCGCAACUACCUGGACGAGGUGUUCAUCACGAAGUACGUGCGAACGCUGAACGCCCAGGAGAACCAGAUCAAUCGCAUCGUGAUGGAUCAGGGCGACUUUUUCCAGCUGACCCACCUCAACCUCUCGCGCAACAACAUCGCCAACAUCAACAACAUCUUCAAGCUGCGCAACCUGAUCGAGCUGGACGUUUCGUACAACGAGCUGGUGACGCUCGACUUCGUCAUCUUCGCGUUCAUGAAGAACCUGAAGGACAUCAAGCUGAACAACAAUCGGCUGUGGAUCCUCGACAACGGGAUCCCGUCGCCGGCCAAGUCGCUGCGCAGCCUGAACCUGGCCCACAACAAGUUUCUGUAUCUGGACCUGGCCGUCCUCGAGACGUUUCCCGCCCUGGAGUACAUCUACCUGCACGGUAACGAUCUGAUCGACAUGACGCUCGAGGAGAUCGAGCAGCACUUUCCGUACCUGACGCUCGUUUCGUGCGACAACAACGACUGGGACUGCAUCAACUUGAUGCACAUCGUGACGCUGCUCGAACGGGCGUACAUCAAGUGGUCGAACGGGAACCGGAACUGCACCCGGCCCGAGCAGCACCGGCUCAUCUGCUGCACCACGGCCGAGCACCAUCUGCGCGAGAAGAUCGUCCGGUUGACGCGUGAGAUUUACCGGUCGCGCAAGAUGAUCAAGCAGCUCAUCAUGGAGAACGCCGAGCUACGCAGCGAGGUCGAGAUGCAGUACCUGCCCGGUGACGGUGGCCACGGAGUCUCGGGUCCACCGCUCGAGCGGCCGGCCGGACAGUUUUCGCCGAACCAUCGCCCCGGACGGAGAGUGUGCCAUGUCGACGCACCCGCGAGUGUAGAGCGAGCGAUGGUGACCAGGGACGGUGGCGGGGACCGGUGGCCGCUACUGUGGUUGGCCGUCUUCACGCUGAAGCUAUCGCUCGGCCCGGCCUUCGGCGAGAUCGUGAUCUGCAACUACGAACAGUUCCACCUCUUCGACAGCAUGUACCGGCCGCGGACCGACAACUUCUGCGUGUUCUCGGACGUGUACCUCGGCCAGGACGUGCGCGGGGCCGACUUUCUGGCCAGCAGCCUCGACUACAAGCGUGUCGCGUUCACAAACUCCAAGUUUGCGCAGGUUCCACCGUCGCUGUUCAAGAACUUUGACGACAUCCGGGAACUGUACGUACGCCGGUGUUCCGUCGAAACGCUCAAAGUGACUCGCCAGCUGGAGAAGGUGUUUGCCGGCAGCAACCGGAUCGCGUCGGUCCAGCUCGAUGGGAAUAGCUCCAACAGUCUGCGGGAGCUGUACCUGGACGGGAACCGGUUGCGGGCGUUGGCCAACCUGACGCACCUGCCCAACCUGGAGGUGCUGGUGCUCGAGAACAACCCGCUGCUGGGCGAUGUGGAUUUUACGCAGUUCGCCCGCAUGGAGCACCUGUGGAAGCUGGAUCUCGAGCGGAUCGGUAUGCGCACGGUCCGCAAUGGAUUGCAGCGCCCUCUGGAGGCACUCCGGCGGCUCGAUCUGUCCAACAACGAGCUGACGUACGUGCACGUCCGCAUGUUCCGGACGUUCCCGCGGCUCGAGCACCUGUGGCUACACGGGAACCAGCUGUACUUUCUGGAGGCGGACCAACUCCCGACCGUGAUGCCGGCGGUGCGGAGCAUCGUCAUCGACGACAACUACUGGGGCUGUGGCCAUCUGGCCGUGCUGGGGAAGCAACUCCGCGACCGGGGCAUCAUCAUCCGGCACGGUGAGUGCCGGACCCGGGCCGUCCAUCGGGUCUGCUGCUCGGACGUCACGGACGUCGUGGACUUCCGGUACAUCAUCGAGAUGGGUAUCCGGCGUGAGGAACGCCUCGAGCAGGACAUGAGCGAACUGCGGACCGUGGCUGGGUUGCUACGGCAAGAUCUGGAGCAACUCCGUCACCAGCUGGCCGAGUUGAGCGGUAACCUUACGGAGCCGGCCGUGGAGGUCACCACCAGCCAGGAGUCGGCCGAGUCGGGCGGCUCAAGCGUUUCGGCCGAGGAGGACUACGAAGACCAGGACGAUCGGAGGGGCGUAUGCGCUUAUCGUCGGGAAACCCCAGCGCUGUCGAGAUGUCGGAACAGUCCGCAACUCGAUCCCGUUCCCAGUGGGCUCAGUUUCUACUUUCCGAUCGUGCAAAGUGGUUCAAUUCCUGCAAGCAUGGUGCCGCUAGGCAUCCUUCUGCUGAGUAUACUCUUGGCCGGAUCACCGAUCGUCGUCGAGUGUCAAUACGGCAGGGCCGGUGGGUAUCGGCAGUCACAGCCCGCUCCAGCCGGGCAUUAUGGCGCGUCCGGAGGGUAUCAGACCGAGCGGUUCUACUGCAUGGAGAAUAAUGACGACUAUGACUGUAUAUUUAAGAACGUCCACACGGCACGUCCACACCAAUCGGGUGCAACGUCGUACGCCUUCGGUAGUGGUAACGUUUCCUCGCACGCCCGGCUGGCAUUCCGUGAUUCGACGCUCCGAUUCCUCCCCAAAACGCUGCUGGAUUCGUUCCCCUACGUAGAGGUGCUGAAUUUGGAAAGCUUGCAGAUGGAUUCCAUCGAGCCGAGAGCCUUCCAGCACGGGGAGUACCUUAGGAAGCUGUUCAUGAGCCACAACCAUCUCACGGUGCUGGAUGCGGGAAUUUUCGAUCACCUGAGCUCGCUCCAGCUGCUCGUGAUGGAUAGAAACGAGCUGGCGCGACUGCCAGCGGGCGUGUUCGAUUAUCUGGCCAACCUUACCAUGCUCUCGAUGUCGAAUAAUAAGCUGCUGCGAAUCGAGGACGCCACCUUCCGGUAUGUGCGGGGUCUGGAGUACCUGAACGUGUCGAGCAACCAGAUCGAAUACUUCAAUCCGAGCCAGAUCGUGAACGCGUCCGAUAUCGAUGUUAGCUUCAACCUGCUGACCCAUCUGAAUGUCCCGGCCUGGCUGACGUCUCUCUACGCGCAGAACAAUCGCAUCCAAACGGUGCUCGGACAGAGCAGGGUGCUCGAGGUACUCCAGCUGUCACACAACAAUCUGUCCGAUCUGGAGUGGCUGCCACGGUUUCCGGGCCUCCAGCAGCUCGAUCUGUCCCACAACGAGUUGGAGGAGGUGAAAGCGAUUCACUUUAGGGGCCUCACGAACCUGCAGAUACUGCUGCUGGACAACAAUCGGUUGUUUACGCUCGACGUCAACUCGGACUCGCUGGGCAAGCUCAAGGUACUCGAUCUGUCCCACAACCAGCUGGUGUACGUGGAGAAAAAUGAGCCACUGUUCACGAAGCUGCAAGAACUGUACCUUCACCAGAACGCCAUCGUGUCGCUGAAGCUGAAAGCCGGUCAUGGCAUAGCGAACAUUAGUUUGUCCCGCAACGAUUGGGAUUGCAAGAACCUCCGUACCCUGAUACCGCUUCUGUCGGCCACGACGGUCGGUGCCGAUGAGGAGGGUCACUGCAAACCCCAGUACAUCUCCGAGCGUGUGCAGGGUGUGCAGAUUUGCUGCAAAGAGAGCAGCACGCCCUACAUCGACCGGCUGAUGGAGCAGAUCCGACUGACCAGCGUGUUUGAGAAGAACAAGCGGACGAACGAUCGGUGCAGCGUUGAGAGCGAUCUGUUGAACAUGGUCAAAAGCCUGGACAGCGAGAUGAAGCAAAACAGCCACAUUUUGACCACGUCUUCCGCCAAGCAGCUGGAAGCGAUGAAAAGCGACGUCGCAGCGCUCCGGCAGGCGGUGUCCGACACGGAUCGUGUCCUGGAGGACCUGCGGGAAGCGGUCAACCAAAACCUGCGCCGCUUCAAUGUGCCGCGCGAAGGGUUCGAUUCGCUCGAAACACUCAUCGGAAAGCUGCUGCGGAAGCUGAGCGAUCGCAACCGGUACUGGGAAAGCCAAGCCACCGGGGCCUGGGCGGACACAGAGGCCAAAAAGGCCGAAAUGGAGGAGCUGAAACAGCUGAUUGACGCCAAGGCGGUCGAUAACGUGGGCAAGAGAGGUCAGCUGGACAAGCUGAAGAAGAACAUACAGGACAAAAAGAAAGAAUGUCAAAAGCUGGAGAGUAGCAUCCAGAGAAAUGCACAUGCCCAGCGGAACCACAAGUAGGGGGCUAGAAAUACUCGAACUGGGGUUUCGACAUUGGGUUUUUGGGUUUUGAACUUCGAAAUGAAUCGCGAAUCGUAAUAAAAGCGAACGAACAACAAGCGA